AUGGAUAAGUUCCGAAUGAUCUUCCAGUUCCUCCAGUCCAAUCAGGAAUCUUUCAUGAAUGGCAUCUGUGGGAUCAUGGCCCUGGCCAGCGCCCAGAUGUACUCCGCCUUCGAUUUCAACUGCCCCUGCCUGCCGAGUUACAACUUGGCGUAUGGCCUGGGCAUCCUGUUCGUCCCCCCCUUGGUCUUGUUCCUCCUGGGCUUUGUGAUGAACAACAAUGUGUCUGUGCUGGCAGAGGAGUGGAAGAGGCCCACGGGCCUGAGGCAGAAGGACCCGGCUGUCCUGCGCUACAUGUUCUGCUCCAUGGCCCAGCGGGCCAUGAUCGCACCCGCUGUCUGGAUCUCCGUGACCCUGCUGGAUGGGAAGUGCUUCAUGUGCGCAUUCAGCACCUCGGUGCCAGUGGAGAAGCUGGGGAAUGGGAGCUACACGGGCCUGUCAGAGAAGGAGAUGAGGAGGAUACUGGCCCGCAUCCCCUGCAAAGAGAUCUACAACGGGCAGGAGCUUGUGGCCAGGGAGGUGGCGGUGAGAUACCUGCGCUGCAUCUCACAGGCUCUGGGCUGGUCCUUCGUGCUGCUGAUGACCGUGCUGGCUUUCCUUGUCAGGGCCCUCCGGCCCUGCUUCACUCAAGCUGCCUUCCUGAAGAGCAAGUAUUGGUCCCACUACAUAGACAUUGAGCGCAAGCUGUUCGACGAGACCUGCACAGAGCAUGCCAAGACCUUCGCCAAGGUCUGCAUCCAGCAGUUCUUUGAGGCCAUGAACAUGCACAUGGGCCUGGGGCACACCCACUCCCCCGAGGCGGCUCCCUCAGAAGUAGGGGAAGAGAAAGAGAAGCUACUGGGCAUCACAGACCAAGGGACUAUGAACAAGCUCCUGAAGAGCUGGCACAAAUGCAAGCCACCUCUGUGCCUCCAUCAGGAG